CCUUGUGGCUUGAACCUCCGCAAUGUGCCUAUUCAAAUUCAACUGCAUUGGAAUUGCGAUCAAUAUUCCGUCACAUUUCCUUCUUGGCUCCCUUGGGUUGUGCUACAUUGCUGUUUGGUUACAGUCGAUAUGGAAGCUAGGUGUUUACUCCCUGCCGAGCCGAGUACACACUUCGAGCUAGGAAGCUAUUAACACUAUGUAUUGAGUGCAUAAUACGAAAUAAUUUGUUUGCUCCCCCGUGAUUGACGGCUUCAUGACGCUGUUCUACAAAUUUAGUUGUUCCCUUCCAGUGUUUAAACGUGCUGUUAUGUUUAGCUGUUCAAAGUUUUUUUUUUCAACCAUAGUAAGUCUAAAACGGAACCCUGAAGUUUAUUCAGCCACUUUACACACGAAAGGAACUAGUAGUUUUAAAUACGCUCUUGGAGACAGACCACUACUCGGGUCUGAUCAAGGAGCUGACGUGCACCAAAUGCAACAAGUACAUGAAGCCGCCGAUCCACCUGUGUGUGGACGGACAUAGCAUCUGCGGAAUCUGUUAUGAGAAGAGUUACCAAUGUCAUGUGUGCCAGAAAGAGUUCGCGCUCAUCCGCUCGGUGGUGCUGGAGUCUCUAGCAAAUAAGGUUCUAUUCCCAUGCACCAAUGACGGGUGUCCCAAACAUGCCACCCUGCCGAUCCUUGAGAAGCAUACUGCUCACUGCCAGUACCGCAUCAUCAACUGCUUCAUGGCUAGAGUCUAUGGCGAGUGCAAAUGGGAGGGGCGAGCUGGAGAGUGGAUGGACCACUGCUUCACAGACCACAAGACCAGAGUGACGGAGCUCCCCUUCAUCACGGUGAAAGACAAAUGGGAUGCCAAGCGGACCGAACCUGUCCUCAACUACUUCUUGCUGAGGUGCUUCGAUAAAGUGUUCAAUGUCUACCAGAUUUACGAUAAAAGAGGAGGCAGGAUGAUGUGGACGGUUUUAGUUAACGACGAACAUGCGGAGAGAUUCUAUUUUGAAGUGGAUCUCUUCCUUCCAAAUUCGCCGAGCAAAAGGAUUGUGUACAGGCGUCCUUGUAAGUGUGAGAAAGACGCAGACUUCCUCGAGCAUACACAAAAUGUUUACAUUCCCGUAGAAAAUGUAUUCUCCAUGCUUGAUGAAACGGAGUCCAUGAACUUCACUGUCAGAAUCGGUACAGACGGGUCCGUUCCCGCUUCACCAUUGCUAUCAUCCACCACAUCCAUCAACGUCCUUGAAAACGUGACUGUUCAACAACUCAAGGAGACCUCAAAAAGUCCUGAGCCUAACCGAACUGAUACUUUACCGAAAAGAGCUUCGAGACUUUGGUCCAGUGCAAGAAACUCUUGGCCAGGAAAGAAGAUUCCUGCUUUUGACGGAAUCUAUAUAAUGAUGUACCCCGGAGGUCGUAAGGCUUCGCUUAAACGGGAGGAACGUAAAUUGUAAAAAGGAGAAUGUUUUAUACUGGUCUAUCUUAUCAACAGAGACGUGUUAAGGCUCUAUCUGACUAGACCACCGUGAUGUCGCAACCUGAAUCGCUUUAUGUUUGCAGUUGUAUAAUCGUUUGAAACUGCUGUCUUUUCGGUGGUUGCGCAACCAACAAGGCACCAAUUUUCAACUGCAUACAUUUCGUUGGUGGCGACACCAUGAUGCCCUAGUAAGAUAAUGACCUUCAGAGAGGACACACCGCGACAUUACUGGCUCGUUGCUCGUUGUAUGGCUUCAAUGCACUGUGUGGCAUGUAGUUAUGAUAUACACGUCGCUUUGGAGAGUCACCUCCUAUUAUACGUCGCAACGAUCCCACAAUUCAUGAUGUGGUCACACGUGGUUUUGCUACCAAGGACGAGCUUCAUACAGGAUGUUAGAAGCGUCGUAACGAAUACUGAUGGUGAUGAUCCAGACCAUGAUUUUGAAGUAAUAUCAAGUGAAAUUUUCCGUCGCAAAAUUCAUGUUUUUUUUUUUGUGCAUUUAAGAAAUAUAUUUUUAAUUUUAUACUUUUAAUAUCGACAAAAUUUACGUUACGAUGUUACUAACACUGUACGGUUCGUAAGUGCGUAGUUUUGUAAUGAAUUGUUUGCCACGUAAUUUUUUAAAAAUUAUGUACAUAAAAUGUAAUAAUGUUUUUUUUAUGUCAUGUUAUGGGGUAGACCAGGUACCAUGCAAUUUCUGGCAUCCUCCUUUGAAAAAUGAUUACGCACACAUGGCAUACGUAAUAUACAGUAUAUUUAGAAUUGCUUAUAAAAACUUAUAUAAAAAAAUCUUUGCGCCAAAUAGCCUUCCAUUUAUUCGUUGCUAAAUAGGGCGAAACGCUUUGCUUUUAGAAAAUAGCAAAAAUGCGGGUCUAGUCUAGUGUUAAGUUUAGAAAAUAGACUGAAAUGUAGUACCUUUUAGCUUAUUGUAUUAUCCUUAUAAAAUACAUAUUUAUUCAGUA